AUGACUUUUGCGAAAUCAAGUGGUAAUCGAGAAAUAGAUGCUUUUUUACAAAGCACUGAUGGUGUAUUGCAAUGGUUUCCUUAUGAACAAUUCGAAAACCCUAAUGAAAUUGGGAAAGGUGGAUUUGCCAACAUAUUUCAUGCUGGAUGGAAAAACGAAAUGUAUGAAUCUGAAAUUGUGCUUAAGGAAUUUCUUGAUUCGGAAGAAAUUUCGCAAAAAUUCUUGAAUGAGAAAGAAUUAGCUCAGAGAGUCUAUCAAAAAUGCUGA